GUUUGAUAUUCCAUAGAAACUCUGAUUGCAACCACGGUUGAUGUUGCAGUCAGCGAAUGUCCAGUUACUAGCCAGUUACUAGCAAGAAUGGACGCCAGCCGAAGCGCACUAGCCCGAUCGGGCGCGGCAAGUCACGACACCGACCGCCUCCCCUCUUUUUCCCUUCCGAGUUCCCCCCUAAAAACUAAAAAAUCUCCCCCGAAGCCUGACUACGUCACUUCUUCUUCCCCUUCUCUUCUUCCCUUGUAUCAUACCCGUUCGCAGUACCACCAGCAUCACCGGCCCUGCACGCCUCCACUCUUCACGGAUAUACGCCCUCCUCGACGCUCGAGUCCUCGCGCCUGCUACCUGUCGAUAUCCGUCCUGUCCUUCGUCCAUUGCCACCCAAUCCUCUCGUUCCCACCCUCCACCGGUCGCCUGCGGCCCCCUUUGAUCCCGUCGUGCCCUGCGUUAUUAUUAUUAUGUCUACGGCUGUCGACCGUACCGGCGUCAUCGAUUUUAACUGAUCUCCGUUUCUUGUAGCUUUUUCACCGAUGGACUUGAAAAAGGUCCCUGUCAAGCAGGAAGACUCGAAGGCACCGCCCUCGGAGACCAAAGAGAGCAAAACCGAUGUGGACGCGCAGAACUCGCUGGCACCUCCUCCCCGUCCUGUUAUAACUACCGCCGGCGAUACUCCGGACUACUUCAGCUCUGUUCACAAUCCCUUCGCCCUCGAGCCCAAUCCCUUCGAGCAGUCGUUUGGCGGUGGUGGCACAUCGGCCGAAACCCCAGGGAAGUCGCUGCUCCCCCCUGUCGCGGCCCUUACCUCUCCCGCUUUACCUGGCACGAGCUCUGCUGGUGGUUACAACUGGUCCAAUUCCUUGCGCUCCGGCCCCUUAAGUCCUGCCAUGCUGGCGGGCCCGACCGGCUCCAGCGACUACUUUGACAGCAUAGGCAGAGGCUUUCCUACCCCUAACGAGUCAUCCCUGCGCACAGGGCUGACGCCUGGUGGAGGCGGUUCGAUGUUCCCAGCGCAAAGCCCCAAUACGCAAUCCAUUUUGCAGCAACUGCAGAGUGGCGGGGCUACUCCAUCGACGAUCGACUUCCAUCGCACGGCACUGAACGCCGCGAAAAAGAGCGGCAUUAAUGCGCCAACAUCUAAUCCGAUGAACGAGUCGGAUCAAACUGGCCAAGUCACUACUAUGGAGGGGAAGGGUAACCAGACAACCAUGGUCGACCCAUUUACUCACCACGAUGCUGCUGAUGCUGCCAAUGGGCUCUUCAUGUUGGCCAAAGGCGGCCAGGCCAACCAUCAACUCGCUGUGCCAACCCAAUCCUCGAUACCACCGCACAGCAUUGAAAACCAUGAUGGGCUACGUGACACGGGUGCCAUCACGCGAUCGCAAAGUAUGAACGGUGCGCUAAAUGGUCGGGAUAUGAGUGGGGAAGGCUCAGAUACGCAGACUGAACAGGCCAAGCCGGCACCAAGGGGCAAAAUAAGGAGAAAUACUACGACCAAGGCGACAAGCGCAUCUAACAACAGGCGCAAAGCUGAAGAACCUACCAAGGGCUCAAAUAAGAAAGCGAGGGUUAAUCAUGGAUCCGUCAGCACAGACCCUGCUUCAGAGCCAGCAGAAUCCGAAGAAGAGCAGAAGAGGAAGCCUCAAAAUGACCCCAAGAAGAUGACUGAUGAGGAGAAGAGGAAGAACUUCCUAGAAAGAAACAGGGUUGCUGCUCUUAAAUGUCGCCAACGGAAAAAACAAUGGCUUGCAAACCUCCAAGCUAAGGUCGACAUUUUCACCACGGAGAAUGAUGCUCUUACUGCCACUGUCACUCAGCUACGGGAGGAAAUCGUCAAUCUCAAGACCCUUCUGCUGGCCCACAAGGACUGUCCUGUGUCGCAGGCCCAAGGACUUGGUUCACUGAUGAUGAACGGGUUAUCUACCGGAUUCGACCCUCAUCCGUACAAUAUCCCUAAUAACAUGGCGAUGCAACCUGGAGCACAGAUUCCGACUCAAGGUGUACGACGAUAAAAGGGCGGACAGCAGAACUGUCUGUCUCGAUCACUGGCUCAUGCACGCCCGAUGAUCUUCCGGGAAAAAUCUGUCUGAAAUUGACGCGUACUUCUUAGUUGCUCUUCCCUUCAAUGGCGUGCGGAGUCAUCUGUUGCUUAAAAGACUCGAUAGCUAUUAGUUAUCCAGGGCUUUUAUGUUUCAAUAUGUUUCAGCUGCAAAAAUUUACACACGCCUCUGGCAAUGGUGGGUGUUCAUGAUGUAUACGAACCGUGAAAAAAAAAAAGGACAGGCUGAAUGCAGUUGGUGUGGUAUGGGUCUCAUUUUACACUGGAGGGAGUGUAAAUCUGGCGCACAAGAUUCCUGGCUGCUUUUGUCUUGUUUUUGACACUUUUCUUUCUUUCUCCUCGCCCUGUUUAAUCAGCCCUUCCCCCUGGACUGACUUCCCUACGCUCAGGGUCCAGGCCCCAGGGUGUGGUGUCUGUACUUUCGUUGUCUUAGUACUUUUGCUUGGCUCAGCUACUCUGGGGAUUCUGUUCACAUGUCUGAUAUUUCAAGGCACUGGCACUGCCCUUUCUUUCCUUUUCUCCCCCUUGUUUUGCGAUACUUACGCGACUAUUGGGUGGCGUAUCGGCGGCUUGUUCCAUUAUUCGAACCGAUUUAUAUUUGUUCUUUUCUCCCAAUGCCCAAACCAGGCUUUCCUGC